AUGGAGUUUGCAAGCAUUCAUUGGUCGUGUCUCAUUGGAUGAUUGUUUUGGGCCGAUGCACAUCUGAAUGAGGUUGGUUUCAUGAAUUUGGAUGGCGGAGCGCGGCAUCAUAUUCCGGCCAAACGCACUUCCCACAUCUCAUCGAUGACUGUUUUUGAUGAUCAUUUAUUCUGGUCGGACUGGAACUUACGAGAAGUUAUACGAGCCGAUAAAUGGACCGGUCAGAAUGAAACAGUUCUUAAAACCACAACACAGCUACCGAGUGAUAUCAGGGUAAUUCUUCAUGAAAUGGUAUUUUGUUAUGCUAAUUGCCAUGCAACGAUCUGAGU